GCUGUAGGUGUGACGUAUAAUCUAGUGGACGGAACGCUUCUUUCAGCAGCAGCAACAGUUAGUCCGCCACCUCGGUAGCUUGCUAGCCAAAAUAGCCGGACCCAUAAAGCUCUUUAGACGCUUUAGUGUAUAUUAGCCACUGUAUUUUAAACCCUCGUCUGUCGUCUAGUUAGUUAGUUAUCCUAUUUCAUUUCAUAUUUACGGUGUUGUUGUUAUUAUUCAGCUGGCGGGCUGGUUAAGUUAGCAUUAGCCUAGCUAGCUAACAUCUCCGACCAUGAGUUCACUAAAUUACUCUCUUCCUGCUGAAGAAGAGACGGUCUGUUGGACGGAGAAAGAAGCUCUCAUCAAAGAGGAGGAGGAAGAGAAGGAUGUUACAAUACAAAAACAAGUAGAGGGUGAGGCUGUUACAGGGAAAGAAGAAGAGGAAGACGUUACAGUGAAAGAAGAGGCGUUCAGAGUGAAAGAGGAGGAGGGUGUUACAGUAAAAGAUGAGGAGGAUUCCGUGUUUGAAGUGAAAGCGGAGGAGGGGGGGAUUACGGUCUCAUCGGAAGAAGAGGAGGAAGAAACUGGAUAUCUGGGCCCGAUUUCCCAAACGCAAUUUAAGGCAUCCAGUGGUUCUAAAGAUGAACUUAGCCAUAAGAUGGUUUUGAGAAACCGGGCCGUGAUUACCACUGGAGAGAGACGGGACUAUCGUGGAAUCUCUGCGGAGCCUCAACAACCUCAUGAUGCUGACAAGGCAGAGAAGAGUCUCUCCAGAUCAGAACUCCUCAAGAAACACCAGCAGAGACCCACAGGGAAGAAAUCUCACUGCUGCUCUGACUGUGGGAAAUGUUGCAAAUCUUCAUCAGAACUUAUAAUACACCAGAGAACACACACAGGAGAGAAACCUUAUAGCUGUGAUCAAUGUGGGAAGACUUUUACUACAUCUAGCCAACUAACUGUACACCAGAGAACACACACAGGAGAGAAACCAUAUAGCUGUGAUCAAUGUGGGAAGAGUUUUGCUAAAUCUAGCCAUCUGACUGCACACCAUAGAACACACACAGGAGAGAAACCAUAUACAGCCUUUUGUCGGCCUGGACCGACAAAAGCACCUGCGGAUGGGCCCAAACGGCGGAAGAUGCUACCUAUCUCAGAUAAAGUUAAACUUCUGGACAUGCUAAGGGAAGGUAAAAGCUAUGCAGCCGUUGCUCGCCAUUACGGAAUCAAUGAAUCUUCCGUUCGUUACAUAAAAAAGGAGGAAAAAAACAUAAGGACGACAGCAGCAGUCAAUUUUAAUACGAAUGCAAAAAGGGUUGUAACUGUCCGCAACAAGACCAUGGUACGGAUGGAGACGGCAUUAGCUCUGUGGAUUAAUGACUGCAGGAAAAAAAACAUAACCCUGGAUACAAACGUUAUCUGCACAAAAGCGAGAAUGCUGUAUGAAAACUUUGCUGUCAGUGACGGGGAAGAGGGAGAGGAUGCCGGGCCCUCAGCAAGUGCUGCUGACACAGUGGGAGAGGAUGCCAGGCCCUCAGCAAGUGCUGCUGACACAGUGGGAGAGGAUGCCGGGCCCUCAGCAAGUGCUGCUGACACAGUGGGAGAGGAUGCCAGGCCCCCAGCAAGUGCUGCUGACAAAGUGCCAAGCGCAUUUAAUGCAAGCAAGGGCUGGUUUGAAAAGUUUAAGAAACGCUUUGGACUUAAAAAUGUUUGUCUGCACGGUGAGAUGGCGUCUGCGGAUACCGCUGAGGCAGAAGCCUUCGUGAACAAUAAAUUCAAGGCGAUCAUUGAGGAGGGGGGAUAUAAGCCCGAACAAGUUUUUAACAUGGAUGAGACUGCCUUAUUUUGGAAACGAAUGCCCUCCCGCACCUUCAUCAUGCAGGAAGAAGCCAAAGCCCCAGGAUUUAAAGUUCACAAAGACCGUUUGACCCUGGCUAUGUGCGGAAAUGCCGCAGGUUUCAUGAUUAAACCGGGGCUGAUUUACAGGUCUAAAAAUCCCAGGGCGCUGAAAAACAAAAAUAAGGAUGAUUUGCCUGUUUACUGGAUGUACAAUGCAAAGGCUUGGAUGACAAAAGCGCUCAAUCUGGAUUGGUUCAAAAACUGUUUCAUCCCGGAGGUCAAGUGUUAUUUGAGAGGAAAGGGACUGAACUUUAAAGUGCUUCUGCUCCUUGACAACGCCGGAGGUCACGGUAAUGAUUUGGCAUAUGAUGGUGUGCAAAUAGAAUUUCUGCCGCCAAACACUACAUCCCUGAUUCAGCCCAUGGACCAAGGAGUCAUCCGUGCUUUCAAGGCUCUCUAUACGCGCAACACCCUGCAACAUCUUGUUGACGCUAUGGACUCGGAUCAAGAUUUCUCACUGAAGGACUACUGGCGUGGAUACACCAUCGCAUCGUGUCUCCAAAACAUUCAGAGGGCCAUUCAGGAAAUGAAAACGGAAACUCUGAAGGCCUGCUGGAAAAAACUAUGGCCAGAGGCAGUGCAAAACGCAACCGGAGGCUCGCUUGACGAGGUCCACCACUCUGCCGUAGAAACAGCUGUGAAUCUGGCUAAACAGAUUGGAGGAGACGGCUUUAAUGACAUGAGUCCGGAUGACAUAAACGCCCUGAUUGAUGGAGACGCACAGCCGCUGACCGAUGCAGAGCUGGCAGAAAUGACAAAGCCACAAAGCGACGAUGAAAGAGAAGAGGGAGAAGAGGACACGAGAGAUGAGGAGGAAGGACUAACGCUUGGUCGCUUAGCAACCAUGGUGCGAAUGGCCACUGAACUUAAGCGAGUAGCUGAGGAAUGGGACCCUUUGAUGAGCCGUUCAUUACAGUUCUCCAACGUAAUCGAUGGUGGCAUGUCGGUGUACAAGGAUCUUUUUGCAAAGAAGAAAAAAGAGCGACAACAGCUGCCUAUCACUAUGUUCUUCUCCCGAACAAACACACCUGCACCGCGGGCUUCAGAAGAAGAGAACACUGCAGAGCGCAGUCAGGAUGCAGCGGCCCAGUCUGAAGAGCAGUGAAACGGCCUACACGUGAGUCACUGUAUUUGUAUACAUGUAAUAGUUGCUAAUUGUAAAAAAAAAAAAAAAGUUUUCUAUUUCGCGGAUUUCACUUAUCGCGGGUCAUUUUCGGAACGUAACCCCCGCGAUAAACGAGGGAUUACUGUAUACCAGUUCAUG